GCAAGUUUUUGGCCUGUGAAUUGAAUAUCCCUAGACUUGAAAGGAUUAGAUUUUAUUGGUAGAUGUCAGUAAAUGUUGAUUUCACUUUGCACACACAAACGGAUGAAAAAACAUUUCCAUUGAUAAGAACUGAAAUUUACAAAUAGCUACAGUAAGAAAAAUGCUGCUUGAGAACUUACUAGAGUUUAAUUUAAGGAGAUUUACUUUGCAUGUUUUGACAUUAGAUGUUGACAAUUUGUGUUUUAACAGUUACACCUUUUAACUUUUUGAAUCUCUGUGUCUACUGUCAUAAAAUAAUUGUCUGACUAAACUAUUGUCUGAAUCCCCCCAAUUUCCCACAACUGUGAACAAUAAUAUUGAUAAAAACUGAAACUGUGACAGUUUAAAUAGAUAAAUAUAUAAACAUUCUUACAAAUUAAUAUUAAUCUUAUCUGUCAAAAUUACGUAUUAAAUCAAAUGAAUUCUGCCAAGCCUAAAUAUCACUCCUUGGACACGCAGUUCUGUCAGCUCAUCAGGACAAGGGGAAGCUGAUGUCCAUGUGUAGCCCCAGUGACUCCCCCCACACACACCAGCAGAGGGGGCUGAUUGCAGGAUCAGAGCCUUGUUGGGACAUUUCUCACCAAAGCCCCCAGGGCUGGAAUGUUACUGGUGAUCUGGCUCCAGCUCAGCAAACAGCCUAAGUCAGUUCCAGGAAGGGAAACACCCAAUUGCUGCUGCUGCAGGCGGGGCAUAUUUCUGAGCUCAGGAAAGUGAAACUAACCCUGUGACGCUGCCCAGAGGGAGCCAUGGCCACAGACAACCCCGUGGAAAGUCUCCAGGAGGAAGCUACGUGCCCCAUCUGUCUGGAGUACUUUAAGGACCCAGUGACUAUAGACUGUGGGCACAAUUUCUGCGGAGCCUGCAUCGCCCAGUGCUGGGAGGGAUCGAAUACAGACAUCUCCUGCCCUCAGUGCAGAGAAACUGUGCAACAGGGAAACCUCAGGCCGAAUAGGAAGCUGGCAAAUGUUGUAGAAAUGGUCAAACGGCUGAGUUUACAGGCAGCAAAGGGAGCAGGAGAGGAGAGGGUGUGUGGGGAACACCAGGAGACUCUGAAACUGUUCUGUGAAGAGGAUCAAACUUCUGUCUGUGUGGUUUGCCAUCUGUCCCGGGAUCACAGAGAUCACAGGGUGGUUCCCAUAAAGGAAGCUGCCCAGGAGUACAAGGAGAAACUCCAGGGAGCCCUGGGCCCUCUGAGGAAGGAGCUGGAAGAGGCCCUGGCUCUGAUGUCUGCAGAGGAGAAGAAAACCACAGAGUGGCAGGGGAAAGUGAAGAAUAGGAGAGAGAUGAUUGCGGGUGAAUUUAACAAACUGCACACACUGCUGAGAGAGGAGCAGCUGCUUCUGCAGAGCCUGGAGGAGGAGGAGAAGGAGACUCUACAGAGACUAAGGGAAAAUGUAACCAAACUCUCCCAGCAAAGCUCCUCUCUGCAGCAGCUGAUCACAGAGCUAGAGGAGAAGUGUCAGCAACCAGUUGUUGAGCUGCUAAAGGAUGUGAAAAGCACAUUGAGCAGGAGUGAGAAUGUGAAACUCCAGGAACCAGAAACUGUUUCUACUGACCUGAAGAACGUGUAUAAAAUUUCCCUUGACAUGAGGGAAGCGCUGCAGAGAUUCGGAGUGGACGUGACUCUGGAUCCAGACACGGCAAAUCCCAACCUCGUCCUGUCUGGGGAUCGGAAACAUGUGAGACUCGGAGACACACGCCAGGAUCUGCCCGACAACCCUGAGAGAUUUGAUCCUAUGCCCAUUGUCCUGGGCGCUGAGGGGUUCGCGGGCGGGAGACGUUACUGGGAGGUGGAGGUGGGAGACAAGGCUGAGUGGGCUCUGGGGGUUUGUAGGGAAUCUGUGAGCAGGAAGGGGUGGGUCACAGCCACACCCGAGGAUGGAUACUGGGCCGUGGGGCUGUGGGAUGGGGAAUAUAAGGCCUGCACCUCCCCCCAGACCUCCAUCCCAAUGAGCGUCAGGCCCAGCCGGUUUGGGAUUUUCCUGGACUAUGAGGCGGGCGAAGUCUCGUUUUACAAUGUGACUGACAGGUCCCAUCUCUUCACUUUCACUGGCACCUUCUCCGGGAAGCUCCGCCCUUAUUUCUGUCCUGGUCUCAGUGCUGGGGGUACAAACGCGGCUCCCCUGAUAAUCUGCCCGGUCCCAGCUCAGGCCGGAGGGAAUCUCGGUCCCUGACAGUGACCCCAUGGCACAGACUGACCCCUCCCAGCCCUGCUGCUCUUCCCGCCCCCAGUGGAGGAGGCCAGUUACUGCAGCAACUGGACUUUUUGUGCUGACCUGAUGGUGCCAGUUUCCCUUUUCACCUGGGAACCCCCAGCCCUCACUUUUCCCCAUCCCCUACCCCAGGGGUAGCAGAUGGGGGUGGAUGGAGUCAUUCACUCCUGUCAGAAUUUUCUGCCCCUGUGAAAUCUUAAAAAAUAAAAAAAAGCUUAUUCUAAUUUAGAAAAUAUUAUUGUAACAAGGUGUAAAUACAAGAAUAGUUUAAUUUACCUUUCAAUAGUAUUUCAAAAACAAGCAUCUAAACAUAUUUUUAGAAAUGGAAUUAUUUACAUUUUUUUAUUCUUCCCUCAAUUCUAUAUUGAAGUUUAAUUUCUCUAAAUAGCGUCAUUUGUAUUUCAACUGUGAAAUUUCAAGAAACCCAAAAUAUUUAUCUUAACAAAAUAAACUAUUAAAUUGUCAGAUUGGGUUGUUCAGUUACAAUGUACAUGUGUCAUAAACAUCACAACUACAGACAUGUGUAGCUGUUUUCUCCCUCCCCACCUCUCUCUAUUGCCUUGACUGGUUCUCUCUGGCAGGCAGGGCACAUACACGCACCUCCUGCACUACAUCUUUGACAAUUAAUAGAUGAAAAAAUGAUCAAAUUAGUUAAGCAAUAUAUUUAAGUUAACUCACACAAUAUAAUAUUUGAACUUCUGUCAGCAUUAAUUCAUGUGAUUUUUUAACUUUCUAGCUACAUAUAAACAGUAAUCAAGAUAUGACCCUGUCUUUAUUUUUCUCUCAUCAAUUAACAAAACAUGGUCCCCACCCUCAAAUGCUCUCUUCCUACAGAUAGAAAUCUCUCCUACAAUCUCCAUUUUUUAAUUUAUUUUUAUUUAGAAAUAUUAUUUGCAGGCAAUGUACUGUCAGUGACUGCUGUUGAUUUCAAUGUACUGCUGGGCUCUUCAUGUUCUUGGUUAUAAAGACACAACAAAUGUAGUUUGAUAAAGAAAUAGAGAAGGGGUUGUGUUCCUUUACCGAAUCAUCACAAAUUAACUUAAUUGUAUUAAAGACCCUGGCACUUAAUGACACAUAACAUGAAAUUUUGUUAAUCUUUAUAAGGAAAUUUUUCUUCUUGGCUAUAAAUCAGUUGAAAGGGUGAUAUUUUUGUUGUCAUAUGAGGUUUAGAGUACAAAGACAAGAAAGUUGCUCCAGGAAAUUCAUCACAAUUUCUCUGGGUUCUGUCCAACACUGUGAUGCUCUGUACCUCUGGGGAACACCCUACACCCCCAUGUUCAUCUUUAUAAAAUGAUUGUGUUGUAUCCA